AUGGCCCAAACGCUGCAUGCAACUGCACCACCACCCAAAUCUCCCGUACCCGUCUCGCGAGACACCGCCCUUCGUCUUUCGAUAAACACCACUCUGCCCCCCAUCUUCCGGAACGAUGACCGACUAGUCAAUGCCAGAGAAAGCGUCACUUUAUUCCUCGAGACCGACCUGCAAACCCCGAGGUUGGAGAAGAUGUACCCAUACCUGUGGCUCGCGGGGCUUCCCCGAGCGGCGCGUCCACUUCAUCGCCAAAAGGUAGUCGGGCGGAACGUUUGCGUGACCGAGAACCCCGAGGAGCAUAUGACGUGGCACGAGACGACCAUCUUUGUCAAACCCUUACCUGACUACUUUUUCGAUCACUCCUUGUGGCAAGAGACAAUCUGUGGGGAUGAGGCGCUAUAUAAGAGUGCUUGCGGGUUGCUGCUCUCAUACGUAUGGCUCGUCAGCUACCGCAGCGAUCUGCGAAUCGCACACGAGAUGGGUUUACUGCCUUCUUGCAUAACAUGGGAAGAUUGGAAAAACAUGGUGCUCGAAUUCUCCAACCAAAACGACUUCCAAACGCGGAGCUGGGUGAGCCGUCGUUACGAAUAUGGCGAACUCCGCCUGUCCCGCCUCAACACGCUCUCCCGCUUGGGCGCAGCUGGGUUCUCGGCGAGGAACUUUGUGUACGGCUAUAUUUCGGGUUCGAAGCAGUACACCACUUUUUUCGAGCGCAACUUUGGCUGGCUCUUGGUGGUUUUCAUCUACAUCACGGUCAUUCUGUCGGCCUUGCAAGUGGCCCUGGCAACUGAGAGGCUGGGGUCGGAUGGGAAGUUUCAAGCAUUUUCAUACGGUGUUGCUCUCAUAUCACUCGGAUUCGUUGCAGCGCCGAUUGCAAUAAUGUUGAUUGUGUGGUCGAGUCUUUUUGUUUUCUAUCUUCUGUCAACGCUUCAGUAUCACAAAAAAGUGACGGCUGGGCGGGAAAAUACAGUAGAAUGA